CCCCUAGUGGGAGUCCGCGGCGAGCGCAGCAGCAGGGCCGGGUCCUGCGCCUCCGGGAUCGGCGUCCAGGCUCGGAGCGCGGCACGGAAACGGCGGCGGCGCUGGACCAGGUGGUAGGCCCUGCAUCAUGGAAACUCUUUCUAAUGCAAGUGGUACCUUUGCCAUACGCCUUUUAAAGAUACUAUGUCAAGACAACCCUACGCGCAACGUGUUUUGUUCUCCUGUGAGCAUCUCCUCUGCCCUGGCCAUGGUUCUCCUAGGGGCAAAGGGAAACACCGCAACCCAGAUGGCCCAGGCACUUUCUUUAAACACAGAGGAAGACAUUCAUCGGGGUUUCCAGUCGCUUCUCGCUGAAGUGAACAAGCCUGGCACACAGUAUCUGCUGAGAACAGCCAACAGGCUCUUUGGAGAGAAAACGUGUCAAUUUCUCUCAACGUUUAAGGAAUCCUGUCUUCAAUUCUACCAUGCUGAGCUGAAGGAGCUUUCCUUUAUCAAAGCUGCAGAGGAGUCCAGGGAACACAUCAACACUUGGGUCUCAAAGAAGACGGAAGGUAAAAUUGAAGAGUUGCUGCCGGGUAGCUCCAUUGAUGCAGAAACCAGACUGGUUCUUGUCAAUGCCGUCUACUUCAAAGGGAAGUGGGAUGAACAGUUUGACGAAACGUACACAAGGGAAAUGCCUUUUAAAAUAAAGCAGGAGGAGCAAAGGCCAGUGCAGAUGAUGUAUCAGGAGGCCACGUUUAAGCUCGCCCACGUGGGCGAGGUGCGCGCGCAGCUGCUGGAGCUGCCCUACGCCGGGGAGGAGCUGAGCCUGCUCGUGCUGCUGCCUGACGACGGCGUGGAGCUCAGCACGGUGGAAAAAAAUCUCACUUUUGAGAAACUCACAGCCUGGACCAAGCCAGACUGUAUGAAGAGUACUGAGGUUGAAGUUCUCCUUCCAAAAUUUAAACUGCAAGAGGAUUAUGACAUGGAAUCUGUGCUUCGGCGUUUGGGAAUGGUCGAUGCCUUCCAACAGGGCAAGGCUGACUUGUCGGCAAUGUCAGCGGAGGGAGACCUGUGUCUGUCCAAGUUCGUGCACAAGAGUUUUGUGGAGGUUAAUGAAGAAGGCACCGAGGCAGCAGCAGCCUCAGGCUGCGUUGUGAUUGCAGAGUGCUGCAUGGAAUCUGGCCCAAGGUUCUGUGCUGACCACCCUUUCCUUUUCUUCAUCAGGCACAACAGAGCCAACAGCCUUCUGUUCUGUGGCAGGUUCUCAUCUCCAUAAAGGGUGCACUUACUCUGCACUCAGCCAUUUCCCUCUUGCUGUGUCCCCAGAUCCCCACUACAGCUCCAAGAGGAUGGGCCUAGAAAGCCAAGUGCAAAGAUGAGGGCAGAUUCCUUACCUGUCUGCCCUCAUGAUUUGCCAGCAUAAGUUCGUGAUGCUUUACACUCAGCUCUUCCAUACUGAUCACUCAUUUAUCCUACUUAAUCAGAAUCUUGAGAAAAUAGACCAUAAUGAUUCCCUGUUGUAUUAAAAUUGCAGCCCAAAUCCCAUAGGAUGGCAAGCAAAGUUCUUCUAGAAUUCCACAAGCAAUUCACUCUGGAGACCCCGUGCUUUCCUGAGACCUCAAAUACAUGCCUUAACCCACUGCCUCAGUGGUAAUAAAUGCUGCUAGAUAUUGCUACUAGUUUAUAGAUUUCCUGGUGCUUAGUCUUUUAAAAAAGGUUUUAAAGUGCACACGUAUAUUCUGUCUUUUUUUUUCUUUUUGACAUCUACCAAUAACCAACCACGCACCAAACACUGCAUUUGGCACUGGGGAUGCAAAGGGGACAGAGCUAUCCUCCUUUUACACCUGGUCUUCAAUUGUGUGCCCAACUUACAUAGCUUU